CYACGAGUACCAGCACCAGCACCGGCACAUCCGGAACGCAAGCAACAACAAAUUUCGCAGAAACCAAACCCACCGACGACAUGUCGUUUUACUUCGACGACGACAACGACGACCAGGCCUUCUCGCAGCCCUUUCGGUCCCAGCUGUCCUCGGUGCUGUCCUCGCAGACGCAGACACCGACGAAGACAAAGACGCCGCCCGAGGAUUCGCAGAGAUCGCAGGUGACCUUUGCCGGCGACUCGCAGGUCUUUUCGUUCUCCCAGUCGCCGCUGGUCCCGAAGAGCGAUCCCUCGUCGUACCAGCUGAGCGAAGCGGUUGCCUCCCAGCUGCUGCUCUCCCGGGCAUCCUCCCUCUGCAAAUCCAUCCCGACCAAGCGGGACCCGGGCGACAAGCCCAAAACCAGCAACAGCACCUUUGUCUGCCAGAACUGCGGCGCCAUCGAUGACUACUACCGCGACGAGGCAGCGGGGGGGGUCCUCACCUGCUCGAGCUGCUUCACGCAGUCCCAGGCCUGCAUCGAGGAAGAAUUCGACUACGAGGACGGCCAGAACAUGGGCGUCCGCAACCGGGACGGGACCCUCCAGAAGCUCCAAAAGGCCCCCUCUGCUUCCGGAGGCACCGGCAAGGUGGGCUUCGUACACCGGUCGGUCCCCAUCGAGGAGCUGGACCGCAGCAAGCCGCCGCCCUCCCUCGAGGCCUGCCUCGGGGGGUUCGGGGCCGUCCUCCGGGCGUCCUGCAAGACAAUGUGCCUGGAACUGAUGGCCGUCCCGGUGCCGGCCGACGAAACGAGCGCCGGGAAGGAAUCCCGGUGGAGACAGAAACUCUACCGGAGGGUGUCCGGGACCGCCCGGGACCUGUGGAGGGCCUACCUAUUGUCCUGGAAGGAGGGGGCCGAUUUCUACGGGGAAUUCUACCCGCAGAUCCGUUUCAGCCUCCGGGACAGCUUUCUGUCGAGAGGGCACAAGAUGAUUCUCUACAGCACGCUGGCGGCCCGGGCCCGGGUCCUCCUGGCCGAGCGGGUCCACUCGGAGGCGAACGACCAAGACGGCGGCGCCGGUGAAACGGAGGACGGAUCCGUCCUCGGCAACGACGACGACAACGACGACGCCGACGACGACAGCGACUCGUUGUCCUCGGAGGAGGAGGACGAGGGGGGACAUCGACGCGGGAGGAAACGGAUCAAAACCAAGCACAAAGCGCAAGACGACUCCGGCGACAGGAAGGACCAAACGAAAGAAUCCGAAAUGGAUGUCCUGUUGAACCUGUUUGAACAACACGACGAGAAAGGGAGCAGGGACAACCGAAAGAAGGAGAGACCGAAAGGGAAAGCACAAAAACCGGCCGACCACGACGUCCCCGUUCCCAAUGUGGUGCUUUCUGCCAACCGAUCGCAAAGACGGUUCUCCGAGAGCGAGAGCAACACUGCUCUCGACGGCUCGGAAAGCGGCGACGAAAACAAGAACCACGCCAGCGACGACGAGGAAGGAGACGGGGAGAGGCAAAAUGGAACGGACGACGACAAACUUUCCGUCGCCAGUGAUGUGUCCGUCUUGGACGGCAACACCUUUGAACACGAUCCGAUGCAAUCCACGUCGUCGUGGAGCCUGAAAAAGCGAAAGCUAAUCUGCCAAAAGGAGAGCCUCUGUGCCAAGUCCGGACACGUUCUCGACAAAAUGCUGUUGUACCACUUCAAAGAGCUGGCAAAGAAGGCACCAUCCGUGUCGUCGUCAAAGAAGAACGGAAAAAAUCCCCGGCAAACGUUUUUUGUGGGGCGAAAGGAAGCCGCCCUUCUCUUGCGGCCAUCGAUGGUGAUGGUGGCGGGGAUUCUGCUGGUCGCCGCGGGUCCUCACGGGGUGACGGAGGGGAUGAUGAUCGAGUGGAUCGAAAACGGGUCCCUCCCCCUCCUGCGGGCCUUCGACACCCUCCUCCCAAAGGACCAGCGGGAACCCCUGGCCAUGGUAGCCCCGUUCUUUUGCCUCCCCCUGGCACCGAGCACCACCGUCCUCAGGAACACCGUGAAGAAGGUCCACGUGGCCUGCGGGUACCGGCCGCCGAAGAUCAAGCUCGUGGCCCCCCGGAACUUCCCGGACCCGCCUCUCCCCACCCUUGAAGGCGCGGGCGCCGGGGCCCACCCGGUGACCCCCCCUCCGGCGACCCGCGAGAGGAUCCUGACCAAACAGUCUCUUUACGCCCCGGGCCGGCUGAUCCGGCCGAGCACGGUACCCCUGCUCCUGGGGCACUUCGUCUCCGAGCUCGGGUUCAGCCAGCUGGUGCUUAACUACUCGCUUGCGCUCGCGGGGCUCGCCGUGUCGAACCAGUCCCUGCCGGCAGCAGGCGCGGGGGAAGAGACCCCCUGGAUCGUUCCGGACGACUACGAGGAGGAGGAGGAGGAGAAACCCCCACCGGCCCCGCGCCCGCAGAAGAAACCCCGGCCGGAGCGGAAAAGCAUCCACGUGGCCAUGGACCUACCGAAAAAACUUGUGGAGGAGAACGCGGAAGCAUGGGACGAGGAGUCGGCACCCGUCUUUGACCUGAGCAAGCCGCAGGAUCGGAUCCGGCGGCAUAGAUACAGAAACAGGCUGUACCAGAGGCUGUGGAAAAAGAGGAAGCUGGCCAGGCUCGGGAAAACGAAACAAGCGUAUAAGCUCAACUACCGUUAUCGCGUGUCGGCGGGGGGCGAUGGCGACGAUUCAGACGACGAUUCAGACGACGAUACCGACGACGACAACCAUGACGACGACCAUGACGAAACCGGGGGGGAGAGAAGCAAGGACACUAUUCCAAAGAGAAGGAGGACGUGGCUCCCGCGCCCGAUACGGGGAGCUCGCUCCGACAGACUCGGGGACGUCCACCGGAUUCUAGCGGUCGUCGUGAUGGCCUGUAAACUUGUUCCGAACUGGGACGAAAACCACCGCUACGUUUUUUCCCGGGGAGGAGACAAGAGCCACCACAACAGCAACGGAGGAAAGCCGUCCUCUGGAAUCACCACAGCAGAGAACAGCAAAAAUCACUCCGCCAGAGCUAUGGAUCGUUUUGUUCCCUUCAACCGAGACCAUUUUGGGUAUAUUGGAAAUGGCAAGACCGAAACGGACUAUCUGAAUUUUUUGGAAGAAUUCAUUUUCCGUGGAAAGUCCUAUGCCCUUCCAAAGCUUGUGGAAUCCCUGAAAGAAGCUUCGUCUGAAGGGGAUGGCGAUGCGAAUGUCCCGGACGUUGAUGAUGACAAGGCCUCGAGUGACCGGUGCUUGGUGGAGGAGUCCGAUGACGAAGAACCCGAGGACCAAAACGAUAGAACUUGCUCCGAUAUCACCGUUGUCGUACCGAACGAUACCGUCGUCGAAUGGAGAAGCCGGAGAAAAGAAAACAACACAGGCUGCCUUGUUGGAAGCAAGCGAAAAUUCCAGUGCUGGACUCGGCCCAAAGUCGACAGUGUCCCCUAUCGUCUAACGACUGUUACCGAUACCAAGAGCCUCCGGACCCUUGAUUCUCCACUGGGUUCUCUGAUCGAAUACAUUGCCUACAAGACAGAGACACAACCCGAUUUGAUUCUACAGCAACUGAUUUUACUAGACAAGGAAAUGAGCGUGAAAUACAGGCGCUCCAUGAAGAAAUGCGAUCGCGUCGCUCCAAGCCAAAUAUACAAAUUCGUCAUGGGCCGUAAGAAAAAGAAGAAAAGUAAGGUGUUAGCCGUUGACAACGAAUGUCAAGGGACACCGGCAAAAGCCAAUUUAUUGACAGAUGAUGCAAACGAUGACAAAACAGUGGACUGUUCGAAUCACGCACGAUUGGAAACGAUUUCUCUGUUGAGUCCACUACAAUUCAACGAUGUACUUGCUCAAGAGUCUCCAGAGAUCGGUGAAGGUCCCGACAUGGAUGACGUUUGGAGCGUGGGGGAGAGAGCUUGUGUGUAAUUGACUAUUGGCUAGCGAAAGCACACGAAAGUGCUACACGAUUUAAUAAAAGCAAUGCAUGUUU